GUACAGUUUGCUUUUGCUACAGUAGAAAAUCAGUGUGCAAGAGGUGGCUAGAAGCAGAGGCAUAAGUUUAUAGUUGUAUUCAGCUAGUGUUUUUUUAUAUUCCCUCUUCCUGUGUGUCCCUUAACAUUUAUCAUCGACAAAAGUCCAGAUAAGACGUUUAAUUUCUCUACGUCAAUGUUGUGCGUCGUUAACGUUGAGACGCGCCCUCACUGACCUUGAAAUACUAUUAAAAGUAAAACAUAAAAGUUAAAACUAAAUGUCCAACUUAUAACUAGUCCAGUGUAUACUCAGUUUCAUGUUGUAGCAGGAGCUGAAAGUGAUUGUCAAAAAUAACAUCAAGUUUAAAUUUUUCUCCACCGGGCGCUUGGACUUUGUCAUUUUUUUACUCACAAUUAUUGGGGUUGAUAAAUUAUUUUAUUAAAAUGGCUAAAAAAACAUACGAUUUAUUAUUCAAAUUAUUGCUCAUCGGGGAUUCGGGGGUUGGAAAAACUUGUAUAUUAUUCCGAUUUUCCGAUGAUGCUUUUUCAACAACUUUUAUUUCUACAAUAGGAAUAGAUUUCAAAAUAAAAACAGUUGAGUUGAGAGGAAAAAAAAUAAAACUUCAGAUAUGGGACACCGCUGGUCAAGAACGUUUCCACACUAUCACAACUUCUUACUAUCGUGGAGCCAUGGGUAUAAUGCUUGUAUAUGACAUAACAAAUGAAAAAACAUUCGAGAAUAUUGUCAAGUGGCUCAGGAAUAUUGAUGAACAUGCCAACGAGGAUGUGGAAAAAAUGAUAUUGGGUAAUAAAAGUGAUAUGGAGGAUAGACGUGUUGUCAGUACAGAAAAAGGAGAAGCUAUUGCUCGAGAGCAUGGGAUCAGAUUUAUGGAGACUUCUGCGAAGGCAAACAUAAAUAUUGACCGUGCGUUUAGUGAAUUGGCGGAGGCUAUUUUGGACAAAACACAUGGGAAAGAACCACAAGACGCGCCUGAUCGCGUGACAGUCGAUCGUAGGGUAGAAAGGAGUUCGAAUCGGUGCUGCUAAUUUCAUUUUUUUUUUUUUUUACUAUUUAUUAUUUAUUAUAAACAGCGUAUAUAAUAUUUAUAAUAAUAAACUCAUAUAUAAACUCGUGCCAGUUUAGAUUUGUGAUUAUAGGCUUAAUGCAUAUCGUGUCGUUUUAAGUUGCAUCACUAUUUUUUUUGCAUCGAUGUUAGUAAUAUUUAAAAUUAUUAUUUUUUUAUCGUCACUGCCCGAUUUAUUUUUCGUCAUACAAAUUAGAGUCAUUGUCAAGGCGAUUUUUUUUACAAUAUUCAGUUUUAUACUAUUGGCUGGUUUUAUUUUAUGGGAUUUUUUAAAAUUAAGUUGCUUAAUUAGAUUUAAUAAGAAGCAAUUAAAAAAAUUAAAUAAGUUAAAAAUAUGCAGAAAUGUAAUCCCACAAUGGAGAUAUAACUAAGUGUAAUUGAAGAAAUGUAUCAUCUAGUCUCAUCCUUUUUACUUACGCAACAUCUAGGCAAUAAUAAUAAUAAACAAAAAAAGUAAUGAACAAAAAGACAGUAUCUGAGGUGCCUAUUAUUAUCUUGUAUGUCUAUUGUACGUGCACAAAUAUUAAAGUCUGCGAGUAUUUUUUUUGAAUAUACUCACAAUUGAAAAAUAAAACAAUCAAGUAGGGCAACUACCAAAUAUUAACCGAGCUCUAAUUAAUGACUGGGUACUUAAUGAGUCCUAAAAAAUUUUAAAUUAUGGAAUUUAGUUCAUAAAAAAUAUGCAGUUACACUACAGACCAAAAGUUUCGAAGCAUUUGUAACUGACUUCUAUUUAUAUAAAUGUACUUUUGAUUGUUUUUUAUAUAUUUGAAAAUGGAAAAUGACACUGGAGUUUGUCGACGUCUAAUUAUAAAAAAAAAUUGCACCUAUAGCUUUUUUAAUUUCCUACAUGUGCAUAUUUUCUUUUUUUUUUUUUCAUAAUUGAUUUAUUGAAAAAAAAAAAUCCAAAAAUUGGUAAUUAUCUGCUAAUUUAUAAUACUGAAGUUAGCCGACGUCUAAUAAUUUUUGAAUUUUUUUCAAAACGACAAAUUAUUAAAAAAAAAAACAUUUAAAAAAAUUGCACCUAUAGCUUUUCAAAUUUUCUACAUGUGCAUUUUUUAGUUUUUUUUUUUUGUAAUUGAUUUGUUGAAAAAAAAAUCCAAAAAUUGUUAAUCGUCUGUUAACUUCAAGAUCAUGCUUCCAAGUAUAUGCCAUUAGUGUACUUAGUAAUUAAUCAUUAAAUCAAUGCAUUCAUUGAUUAGCAAAAGUAUUUUUUACUCAAAUACUCCACUGACAGAAAGUUUGGAAGCACCUGCGAUUUUUGGUAAAAGAAAAAAAAACUCACACUAACUAACUUUACCUGUUUUAAAACAUGAUACUGAAGUUAGCCGACGUCAAAUUAUUUUUGGAUUUUUUUUCAAAUAUAAAUAAUAAAAAAAAAAAUAUUUUGAAAAAUUGCACAUAUAGUUUUUUAAAUUUUCUACAUGUGCAUUUUUUUAGUUUUUUUUCUCAUAAAUUUGUUGUAAAAAAAAAUCCUAAAAUUAUUAAUUGUCUGUUAACUUCAGGAUCAUUUUAUAAUUCGAUGUAUUAUAAUUUUUUUUUAUUUCGCUGUAUUUUAACUAAUUGUAGUGGCCCAUUUUCAAAUAUAUAAAAAAAAUUAUAAGUAAGUUCAUAUAAAAAGAAGUCAGUGUUCUAAAUGCUUCCAACCUUUUGGUCAGUAAUGCAACUGCAUGUUUUUCGCGAAUUAAAUUCCACAAUUUAAAAAUUUUUACGAGUUUUCUACGAAAGUACUCAGUCAUUAAUUGGAACUCGGUCACUAUUUGGUCUACUCUGCUGUAAAAACGAAAAUACAAAAAAGUUCACGUGUUAAAAUUUUUUUUAUCAAUACUAAUAAUUAUGCACGCGAACAAAUAUACAAAAAAAUUUUGAGGCUUUUAUACAAUAAACAUUUUUGAAUAAUCUAUAAAUGGAUGUAAUGUUUGACCGAUUGUGUAUAUUGAACUUAAUUAAUAUAUAUUAUAUAUAAAUAUAUAUUAAAACAAUAAAUAAAUAAAAUACAAUUCGA